AUGACGAAGGCUAUUCACCUCAAGUGUGUUAAAGACCUCACCAGCGAAGCCUUCCUCGCUGCAUUCAAGCGUUUUAUCGCACGUAGAGGUAAACCAAUCCUGGUAAUGUGCGAUAACGCCACUAAUUUUGUUGGUGCUAGGCGUGAGCUCAGUGAACUACAUCGAGUAUUUCGUAACCAGCAAUUCCUACAAUCAGUUGUUGAUGAUGCCGAACAAAACGAGGUUGAAUUCCGCUUCAUUCCACCCAGGUCGCCCAACUUCGGUGGCCUUUGGGAAGCCGCGGUGAAAUUCUUUAAGGCCCACUUCAAACGCACCGUUGGUACCAGAAUUCUCCAGCAUGACGAAAUACAAACUGCAGUAAUACAAAUUGAAGCGAUCCUCAACUCCCGUCCUUUGACGCCCAUCAGCAGUGACCCGAUGGACUUUGAGGCGUUGACGCCGGGUGAUUUUCUAAUCCAGCGACCAUUUACAGCGGUGCCCGAGCCCGACCACUAA